AUGGUCCAACUCCACAACCACUGGAAGUCGGCUGAAUUUGUCCACCGAGUCUCAACUCCCAUGCCUCCUCCACCGAAUAGAGGAAUGAAGAGAGAGCCACCGGUCAUCACAACAACACGCUUCAAGGUGGUUGCUCAAAGUGCCAUAAUCCGAGCUGGGUACAUCGGGGUCGAUGAAGACAUGAAGCUCAUGGGAAAUGACGUGUGGGUUUGUACCAUGCAACGUCCCCAACCAAAAGACGACUCCUCCUCCGAGUAA